CUACUCGCCUGCAUUGCAGGUUCCAUACUACAUAGGGGCCUCAGUUUGCACGUUCCUGUCAAAUAUAACGUUAGCUAUGCGGAUGAAAGCAUUGAGAUGCCCUACUGAUGAGCUUAGUCUCACCAACUGUGCUAUUAUUAAUCCUGAUGACUUUCCAGAGGAUGUGAAACAUAUAGAAGUAUCCACUGGUCCGAAUCAGCAUUUUGUGUUUACUGUGAAGCAUCAUCAUGAGGUUCCUCAUGGAGCGGUUGGAUUUAGCUUGCCUCAACGAAAGUGGGCUACGCUUUCUCUUGGACAAGAUAUUGAAGUUCGACCUUAUUAUUUUGAUCCAACAUCUAGUUCUGAAUGCUUAUGCACUAUUGUGUUGGAAGCUGACUUUUUACAAAAAAAAUCGACAUCUUUGGAACCAUAUAAUACAGAUGAGAUGGCCAAAGAUUUCCUGUUGCGCUUUUCGGGACAGGCAUUCACCGUGGGUCAGCAGCUGGUAUUUCAAUUUAAAGACAAAAAAAUGCUUGGCCUUGUUGUUAAAAGUUUAGAAGCUGCUGAUCUUUCUGCUCUUAAAUCAGGGCAGAAUCCAACACCAAAAAAGACAGAAAUGGGUCGUUGCUUGGGUGAUACUGUAAUACAAUUUGAAAAAGCAGAAAAUUCAAGUAUAAAUCUUAUUGGAAAAGCGAAAGGGAAAGUUGUUCGACAGUCAAUUAUUAAUCCAGAUUGGGAUUUCCAAAAAAUGGGGAUUGGUGGUUUAGAUAAGGAGUUCAGUGCUAUCUUCAGAAGAGCAUUUGCAUCAAGAGUUUUCCCACCAGAAAUUGUAACUCAAUUAGGUUGCAAACACGUUAAGGGUAUUUUACUUUAUGGUCCACCAGGAACAGGAAAAACAUUGAUGGCAAGGCAGAUAGGUACCAUGUUAAAUGCAAGAGAGCCAAAAAUAGUUAAUGGUCCACAAAUCUUAGAUAAAUAUGUUGGAGAAAGUGAAGCUAAUGUUAGAAGAUUAUUUGCUGAUGCAGAAGAUGAAGAAAAGAGGCUUGGCCCAAACAGUGGAUUACAUAUUAUAAUCUUUGAUGAGAUUGAUGCUAUUUGCAAAUCUAGAGGCAGUGUAGCUGGUAAUACUGGAGUGCAUGAUACAGUCGUCAAUCAGCUACUUGCAAAAAUUGAUGGUGUAGAACAAUUAAAUAAUAUACUUGUUAUUGGUAUGACCAAUAGACGAGAUAUGAUUGACGAAGCUCUUUUACGUCCUGGUAGAUUGGAGGUACAAAUGGAAAUUAGUUUACCGGAUGAAAAUGGAAGAUUGCAGAUUCUUAAUAUUCAUACAUCUAGAAUGAAGGAUUAUAAGAAAAUAUCACCUGAUGUAGAUUUAAAAGAAUUGGCAGUAAAAACUAAGAAUUUUAGUGGUGCUGAAUUAGAAGGUCUAGUAAGAGCAGCCCAAAGUACAGCUAUGAAUAGAUUAAUCAAAGCUUCAAGUAAAGUUGAAGUAGACCCAGCUGCAAUGGAAAAACUUAUGGUUGCUAGAUCCGACUUUUUACAUGCUCUUGAAAAUGACGUUAAGCCAGCAUUUGGUACAAGUGCAGAAGCUCUUGAUCACUUACUUAUUCGCGGUAUUAUUUCUUGGGGAAGAUCAGUUACUGAAAUUCUAUCUGAUGGUAUGCUUUAUAUACAAGAAGCACGUGCCGCGGAAAGCUCAGGUCUUGUAUCAGUUCUCUUAGAAGGACCUCCAAACAGUGGAAAAACAGCUCUUGCAGCACAAAUUGCUAAGAAUUCUGACUUUCCAUUUGUUAAGGUUUGCACUCCAGAAGACAUGGUUGGCUUCACAGAAUCUGCGAAAUGUCUGUCAAUACGAAAGGUAUUUGAUGAUGCAUAUCGUUCGCAACUUAGUUGCAUUUUGGUUGACAAUAUUGAACGUUUAUUAGAUUAUGGUCCUAUCGGUCCACGUUACUCGAAUUUAACAUUGCAAGCGCUUCUUGUUUUAUUAAAGAAGCAACCACCUCGUGGUCGUAAAUUAUUGAUUCUUUGCACUUCAAGUCGCAGACAAGUUUUGGAUGAUAUGGAAGUACUAUCAGCAUUUAGUAGUACCAUUCACGUUCCUAAUUUAUCUACACCCGAACAUCUCUUAAAUGUCUUGGAAGAAGUAGAUUUAUUCACAAAACAAGAAAUGGCAUCUUUACAUGGAAAACUUCAAGGAAAACGUAUAUUUAUUGGUAUAAAGAAAUUAUUAUGCCUAAUAGACUUGGCUCGUCAAGUAGAGCCUAACUACAGAGUACCAAAAUUCCUCUCAAAAUUAGAAGAGGAAGGUGGAUUAGAAUAAAAAAAAAAAAAUUGGUUUCUGAAUUCUAACUGUGUAGUAUCCAUAGGUAUUUUUUGCGAUCGGAUGGAGCAAAAUUA